AUGUCCAUGGAGACCCCGUUGGCGCGAGUGACGGAUGACCUGAUCAAGGGGCGGGAGUUCGCGACGCAGCUGCAGGGCCUCCUCCGGGACUCCCCCAAGGCCAGCGGCCUCAUCGUGGACCAGAUCCUCCACGCCUUCUCUCGCGCCAUCCACGCCGCCAGGGCCGCGGCCGCUGCCAGCGCCAGCGAGAGGUCCUCGGACGUGCACAGCGAGGUCACCGACGGCGCCAGCGGCGGCGGGAAGAGGAAGCCCGCCUCCGCCGCCGCCGGAGGAAACGGGAGGGCCUGCCGGAGAAGGACCCAGCAAUCGUCCGUGGUCACGAAGAGCAUGAAGAGCUUGGACGACGGGCAGGCAUGGCGCAAGUACGGGCAGAAGGAGAUACACAACUCCAAGCACUCGAGGGCCUACUUCCGGUGCACGCACAAGUACGACCAGCAGUGCGCGGCGCAGCGGCAGGUCCAGCGCUGCGACGACGACGAGGGCAUGUUCAGGGUCACCUACAUCGGCGUGCACACCUGCCGGGACCCCGCCGCCGCCGCCGCGGCGCCGCACGUCCUCCACCACCUGACCGGCGCCGCCCAAGGCCUGCACGCCGGCUGCCACCUCAUCAGCUUCGCGCCCGGCAGCGCCGCUACCGCUACCCAUGGCACCACCACCAGCACGGCGACGGGGUCCGGCCUGCAGGGCAUGAAGCCUGACAGCGGCGACCAGGAGGAGGUGCUGAGCAGCCGCACCCCCGGGAGCUCAGCCCUGCACAGCACCGCCGCCUACUUGGCCCGACCAGGGAGACGUGACGUCCACCCGGCAAUACGGCGGCGCCGUUAG